AUGGCGCGGAGCCGUUUUAUUGGUGGAAAUUGCUUAUUAUUCUUUUUAUUUCUUUUUAUUUUCCACCGGAAAUUCGGUAUCAAAACAAAACUUUUACGCGGAUUUAAUUUGCUAGAGUGUACGGAUCGUUUCAUUCAGAAAUGUCGGAUAAAAAGGAAAUUAACAUUUGCUAUCCUGGGGUUAGAUGAUGCUGGAAAAACUACCACAGCAAAAGGUCUUUCUGGAGAGAUUGACCAUGCAGACACAAGUGCUACCAUUGGCUUUGACAAAGAUGAAAUCAAAUUAGGCAAAUAUGAAAUCACAUUAUUUGAUUUGGGUGGAGGGAAGAAGAUCAGAGACAUUUGGAAGAAUUACCUUGCUGAAGUCCAUGGAAUAAUCUUUGUUGUUGAUUCUAGUAUGAAUAAUAGAAUGGAAGAAACAAAGCAAGUUCUUGGCAGGCUUCUUGAGCAUCCAUCCAUGACUGGAAAACCCUUGUUACUACUUGCCAAUAAGCAGGACCAAGUUGGAGCUUUGGAUGAACUGGACAUCUGUGAAGUUCUCACUCUUGAGGCAUUGGUCAACAAAAACCGCUGCCCAUGUCGAGUGGAAUCAUGCUCAGCAUCAUCUGGUACAGGAAAGAAAAUGGACCCAAACAUUGUCAAUGGCAUUAUGUGGUUAUGUAACCUGAUAGACCAAAAUUAUGAUAUGUUUACUGACCGUAUUGACAAGGAGAUGAAAGAUCUAAGAAUUCAGAAGGAUAAAGAAGCUGCAGAGAGGAAAGAAAGAGUUCGUCAGAUUCGAGAAGAAAGAGAAAGGCAAAGGAUUGCAAGUGGUCAGGCUGCAGAAGAUGAAAAAAUAAAGGAAGAUGAGGACCUGAAAAAUGGUAAUGGAAAUCCUUUUAAACAACUCAAUUCAGAUUACUUUUCCAAGAAAGAAACUGUCAUAGAAGAAGUGCCUUCCAAUCUUCCAGCUGUAGAAAUGAUGCCAUCAUCUUCAUCUUCUCAUUUUUAUUCAAGCCCUAUCAGAGAUACAGAUCAACUUCUGCCGGCUAAUACAAACCAAAAUAAUUCAGCAGGAUUUUCAUCAAAAUCAAAAAUUAACAUUGUUAGCCCCCAACAAGACAAUUUAUUACCCCCAAAGGACUCAGACUCUAAGGGAUUUGUUCAACAGCUGAACAGACCUUUACCAGCUUUACUUGAAAAUAAUUCUCCAAACAACAAACCUUUAUUACCCAUGAUUGAGGAUCCUAGUCAGAUGUCAAUGAAAAAAAAUUCAUUUUUAAAAAAAAACUUCUUGCAACCAUUAGAUACUAUUGAUGGUGCAGCUGAAACAAAUAAAGUUAAAAAGAAGAAAAAGAAGCUGAAGAAAAAUAAUGUAGCUCCCAUUUCAAAUGAAAUAGAUCCAAAGAUUAAUUGUAGCGAGUCAACAUUGAAGAACAUCACACAUCUCAGUUUUGUAACACAACCUAUAAGCAGCAACAGUAUUGCUACUCCAAAAAUCAGUGAGCAGACAUCAAGCAAUGACAUGACAGAUUCAUCUCCUUUUUCCAAGAAAUGGAACCUAGUUGAGGAACUCCCUUACAUGGAAAAAUUGAUUCUGGAAGAUGAUGAUGACGACGAUGAUGACAUCGUAACUUGA